AUGAUAAAACUCUCUGACAAGCCUUUCACAGUUAAUGACCUGGGUUUUGGCUCUGGUGCCUGCCUCUCUUUUCCUCAAUCAUUUGUUGUUCAAGUUCAAAAAGAUGGUUUGUCUGUCUUUGAAUUAGAAGAUCCUGAUAUGGUGUGUCUACAAGAAAUUAAGUGCUUGGAUAAAAUGCCAGAUGAAGUGAAAAAUAUAAAGGGAUACAAAAGCUAUUUCAUGCCAGCUAAACAGGAUGGUUAUUCUGGGGUGGCCUUGUUCUCAAAAGUGGAACCUAUCAAUGUGACUUAUGGAAUUGGUGAUGAAACCCAUGAUGAUGAAGGCCGUUGCAUAAUUGCCGAAUAUGAGAAAUUUUUCUUGGUCACUACUUAUGUUCCAAAUGCUGGAAGAAAAUUGGUAACUCUGGACAAACGAUUGGAUUGGGAUCCAAAGUUUCGUCAGUGUUUGAAGGACCUUGAUGCAAAAAAGCCUGUCAUUAUGUGUGGCGAUCUUAAUGUUUCACACAAGGAAAUUGAUUUAGCAAACCCCAAAGGAAACAAAAAGAAUGCAGGUUUCACUCAGGAAGAGAGAGACGGUUUCACUGAUCUCUUAAAUGAAGGAUUUGUUGAUUCCUUUAGACAUCUCUAUCCAGACAAAACAGGGCAGUACACAUUUUGGACCUACAUGAUGAAUUGCAGAGCAAAGAAUGUUGGAUGGAGACUUGAUUAUUUUGUCCUCUCCGAGCGAAUUGUCCCAAAUCUUUGUGAUAACUUGAUUCGAACUUCACUGUAUGGGUCAGAUCACUGCCCCAUCACUCUACUGAUGCACUUUGACAAGGCUUAAAGUGCCAAGCUUCAAGACUCAGAAGGUUAUCAUUCAUACGAAGUCAUCAGAGAUAUCACUGAAUCGCCAUUUUCCUGCUUCAUUUUAGUUUUCUUCAUCAUGUAGUGAUACUAGAGUUAGGUUUUGUUUUGUAAAUGUUUCAUAGUCAAGUUGACUAUUUGGAAGUAUCUUUUUAAACAAAGUAUCCUUGUGGAAGUUGAUGCAUCUGUUAAUGUCAUCCAUUAAUGUCUCCUGACUGGAUAAUACAGUUGUUUGUUUGAAUAAUGUGUGUUUUGAAAGAAUUGUAGAUGUGAUGUUGUAGAUUUGUUGUAACUCAGGUAUUUGCCAUACUUUUAUUUUAUUUGUUGUAGUAUUGAUUAGCAUCAGUGAUUGCUGAAAAAUUGGUAGUUAUUAUAAUUACCAAGGUUAAUGAUGCAAGUUUUUAUUGUAAUGAAUAUAUAGUGUAUAUUUCAAUUAUCUGGAAAUUCCAAUGGUGUAUUUUAUAUAUUUUGUAGCUUGAUGUGUGAAGAAAGACAUAAAUAAAAUUACAUGAAUACUG